GUCUUCAGUUCUUUUGUCGAGGAUAAUAAAGGUUCUACUUUUUACCUUCUUGGUUCAUUGUUUUUAUUUGCUUUUGCAUUUAUUUGGUAAAAGGCUCGGGAGCUUGACACUACCACCACUGCUACUUCUAUUACCACUACUACUUCGUACAACAAGCAUCCUACUACCACCGCAUAACCACAGAACCGCAAUCAAAAUGCUCGCAAUCCAGUUCCCCUCGUCGCCCAUAGACGCAAGAACACCCAGCCCACCUACCUCUUUCCACGCGGACUACUACACAUCAGCGCCCCUCCUCGCACCACCUCCAGUCAACAAGCGCCGGGCCGGGCCUCCAAAGCUUUCACUCCAGAUCACCAGCGAGACCCGUAGAACCUUCUCCAAGUCCUCCAUCCCACCGGUCUCUGCCGGCCCACUGUCGCCGACUUCGCUCUCCACCCAGCGCAACACGCAAUUCAACGCGCGCCGUGACUCCGCUCCGACAAGUUUCUCCGCUGCUCCGAUCGAACAGGCCUCUUCGCGGACGAAUGGCAGCAACAAGAAGAGGAGAAUGGGCGCGCGAACGGUCGGGUUCGCCGAAGGCGUCGAGGUGAUUGGGUAUUCCGUACGAUGGGAAGACAAGCAGCCGCAGCGGGUUGAGGAGGAGAGUUCCUCGAGUAGCAGCAGUGAGGACGAUGAGGAGGAGGUUAGGGCGCGAAAGGUUGGAGGGAACUUGAGAGGGUUGGAGCAGAUGGAGGCGUUGAAGCUCGGACGAGGCUCAUCGAGGGGAUAUAAUUGGAGGAUGAAGAUGUUGAACUCCAGGUCUUCCAUUCCCACCACUACAGAUGAGGUUACAGAGCCUAUGUCUGCGACUCUGGGUACAAGUACCGGCGGGGUAGGGUUUGGAUUUGGGAGUGGGAUCGGGAGGUUUUCGUGAUUAUAUUGUGACGGGGAUUUGAGAUUUUCGUUCCUUCAUCCUUCUUCCAUGAUAGGGAUUUUCUUUCUUGCUUCCGCUUCGAUUCUAUGUAUAUUUUGAUACAUUCCUUAUUUACUUUCUUUUUGUCUUUUUUUUUUUUUUCGGGGGAGACUCUUUUAUCCUUACUUAUACAAACUUCAUUUCACCUACUUUGCCACAUUUCCUCUUCGCUUUUACAAA